AUGACAUUACCAUUAAGUAUCAACGCAAUUUUUGAUAUUGAAGAAGAAGAUAUGGAUAUUAGUGAUGGCAGUGAUAAUGAAUUUGAUGAUGUGCUUGACAGAAUGCUUGAUGCAACGAAUGGUGCUGGCCAAAUUUGGGAGACAGUAGACGACGAUAAUAUAACAGAAGAAGGAACAUCGGGAACAGAAAGAUCUAAAACUUAUAAUCUUCACGUUGAAGAAUAUGUAGAAUGGAUUGAAGGUCUUGAGAAAUCAGGACUUAGUUAUAUUAAACAUGACUGUCAGGCACAAAUUGGCACAAGAAAAAAAAAUCAAUGGUCAGAGAGAUGGUAUUGCCAUCGGUAUGGCACCUAUGAAAGUACUGCUGGGAAAGAUACCAUGAAAAAGCCACGAUUAGUGCAAAAGGAAACAAAAAAAUGUGGUUGUAAAAGUUAUAUCACUGUUACACUUCCUAUAGGUUCAAUAAUGACAGUUUAUCCGUCAACGCGCUCUUGA